GUGGUCUCAUUCUGUCAAUUUCAUUCCGUUCAUUUAGAAACGAAACGAAACUCUAAACUGUCAGACUCAUUCACUCUGACUAAUUUCUGAAGAAUAGAAGUAAAAUUAAAAAAAAAAACAAAAAACAAAACGCAGAAAACCCAAAAACCCCAAAGCAAACAGAAAACCUCCGCAUGAGUGGAAAGGUGGAACAGUCAGAUGUUGAAACUGGAGAUGCGGAGGACAGCUGGAAAAGGCUUAAACACUGCUUUCCUACAUAUCUGCAAUAAUGAGUGUCUGGCAGAGGAAGACAGCUGUUUUGUUUCAGACAAGAUCUAUUUAAGAGGCACUUCGUAUUUUUAGUAAUUUUCACGUAACUCAAGAGGAAGCCAGCUAUGAAAUUGUGUUACUGAAUUUAUUGCAGUCCGAGUAGAAGGGAAACAUACCAGUAAUAGUCUUUCAGGCAGAGCACAGAAAUGAGGAUAAAGGAUCUGAAAACUGUGGUAUUUGGGGGGACUGAGCCCAAGCAAAGAGAUCAGUUUCAAAACCAAGAUGAUGACACGUUAUCCAGUGCAUUUUGUGAAAACUCAGAGAAGCUUAUUGAUGUACAUUUGUUUGCCCUGGCUGCUAAGUAUUAUUCUUUGUCCAACCUUGGAGUGUGUACCCCAUUAGAAGAUGUACUUGAAGCAUUGAAAGGAAACAGCCAAGGAGCAACAGGUAUCAAAGCAGAUGAGUUUAUGAAUAAUAAGAAAUCACAUGAAGUGCAGGUGAUGUCAGAGCUGGUAGACAACAUAGUGAAUUAUUGUGGUAUAAAGCAGGUGAUUGAUAUAGGUUCUGGAAAAGGCUACCUGAGUUCAUUUUUGUCCAUGCAAUACAACUUAAAAGUUUAUGGAAUUGACUCCUCCAACUCCAACACAGAUGGUGCUCAUGAAAGGAACAGAAAACUGAAGAAACACUGGAGAGCAUAUCAGAGUCGAGGAAGAGCAAACCUCAAAACCCAGAGUUUGGAAAAGACAAAUGACAGGCCAGUGGAAAGUGAAAUGAAAUCUAAAACGAUCAAUGAAGUACUCUUAAAUAAUGCCAAAAGUCUUCAAAGUCGGGACCAAGUGAUUAUGCAAGAUUUAGUUCCUUCUUGUGGUUUCACAGAAAUGGGUACAUUUGAAACCAGGACACAAACUGAAGCUGAUUUGAUGCCUCAGACAAAAUCUCAUGAGGGCAAACUUUCUGAAGAGGUUCUUGCUAUUCUAAAUGUUCUACCUGCUGAUGCUGUAGAAGUUUUUUCUUCAUCUCGUCGUAACUGGGGGGAACUCUGUGAAGAGGAAAAAGUGCAAAGAAAAAAGACAUCUCUCAAGACUAAAGCAACAAAGUCGAGUGAAUCGAACCUCUAUUUACCCUUAACCUCUUGCAUCACUGCAGAAACAGAACUCAGUGACAUCGUAACAGAUCUGGAGGACUGUGUGAUGGUGGGUCUACAUACGUGUGGAGAUCUGGCUGCAAAUACACUACGUAUUUUUGCUGCCAAGCCUGAAGUCAAAGCAGUUUGCAGUGUGGGCUGCUGCUACCAUCUGUUGUCAGAACAAUUUGAAAACCAAGAAGAAUGCUGCGACAAAGUGUGGGGAUUUCCCAUGUGUCAGUACUUGAAGGACAAAGGCUGGCGUUGUGGUCGCAAUGCUAGAAUGUCAGCAUGCUUGGCUUUGGAGCGAGUUGCAGUUGGCCAAAUGCUGCCUACAGAAUCAUUGUUUUAUCGAGCUGUUCUUCAGGUUAUUAUAGAAGAAAUGUAUGGUGUUACGAAAAGUGAUCGACAUGUUGGAAAAACUUUCUCCAAAUCAUCCUCCUUCAUAGAUUAUGUCAGAAGGUCUCUGAAAAAGCUGGAACUGGAUGAUUCGAAGCUCUGUUUAGAAAUGAACAAAAGAGCAGCUGUUCUGCAUAGACCAAAAGUCUACUUUGUCUCUGGCAGAGGCCAAAAACCGAUGCCUUGGGAAGAAUAUAAGCUCCCAGACAGCUGUAUAAUGGAUUACUAUGAAAAAUACAAGCACAGAAUGAAUGAGCUAGAAGCAUUUAAUAUGUUGAAGGUUGUUCUGGCUCCUUGCAUAGAAGUUUUGAUACUUCUGGAUCGUCUUUGCUAUCUCAAGGAGCAGGAAAACAUUGCCUGGUCUGGACUUGUGAAGUUAUUUGAUCCUGUGAAGUCCCCCAGAUGCUAUGCAGUUAUUGCUCUGAAGGAAGAGUCAUGUUCUUAAGUGGAAGCAAAUUGCAGAGAGGUUGAAAAUUCUGAACUGAUACUGUUGUUUCCUCUCUUUAAUUGAUUCCUUAAGUACACUGUUUGCUUUUCAGCUGCAAGAGAAAAAACUGCAAUACCUCUGAAUCUUCAGAAAUAAGUAUCUCCUUUAUAAAUAUGAUGGCUUCCUUAUGUCAGUUAUUAAACAAUGUUGAACAUCUGACUUUAUUAAAAAAGUUAUGACCUAUA